CAGGGGCGGACUGACCAUUUGGAAACUCGGGCACUGCCUGAGGGCCCGGGGUCAGUAGGGGGCCCCAUGAGAUGCCCCUGGUACCUUUUUAAUAUGCAUUUUUGAGUUUGGGCAAGGACACAGGGGCCCCAUGAUCCCCUAUUGCCCGGGGGCCCCAUGAGUUGUCAGUCCGCCCCUGGAUCACACCCACUAUUUGAUGCAGUCCAGAGUGUGUGUGUGUGUGUGUGUGUGUGUGCGAGGUAGGGGGCCCCAUGAGAUGCCCCUGGUACCUUUUUCAUAUGCUUUUUUGAGUUUGGGCAAGGACACAGGGGCCCCAGGAUCCCCUAUUGCCCGGGGGCCCCAU